GCUCCUGCGUCACUGUGCAAGCUCGAGUUUAGUCUUCCAAGUCACCCCGCCAAGCUGCGCCGAGCCCCGCGUCGCACGCACGCAGGCACCCAACCGCUGGCAUCCCUCAGGCUCGAGCAGGCUUCAACUUCCACAGCAUCCCGCAACAGCUACACUCCAAACAAACCGACUGGGAACGAUUUUGACUUGCCAUCAUGGAGUCGAGCGGGCUCAAGCGGAAGGACACUACGAAGGGGCCGCCCUUACGGAUCUUGUCGCUCGAUGGAGGAGGUGUUCGCGGCUAUUCCAUGUUUCUGAUUAUUCAGGAGCUGAUGCACCGGACGUUUGUCGAAAUCGAAGGCCGCGCUCCGCGUCGAUCCGAGAUCCCCAAGCCCUGCGAUCACUUCGACCUAAUCGUCGGCACUGGCACUGGCGGGCUCAUUGCCAUAAUGCUAGGCCGCUUGCGCCUCGAUCUUGAGACAUGCAAGGAACUCUAUGUGCGCAUGACGCGCAUGGUCUUUGAGACGGACAAGACUAUCGCCGGAAUACCCUAUCGGUCAACGCUGUUCAAGGCGACCAAACUGGAAGAUGCCAUCAAAGAGUGCGUCAGAGAGCACACGAUUGACGAGCGAGAAGGGAACGAUGGCAUAGGCGGCCCGAGCACGAACCCAUUAAGCGCCGUGUCUCGCUCAAGCGCCGCAAGCUCGGGAAACCCAAGGAGACAUUCCAGCAAUGCGAGUGUGGUGAGCUUUAGUGCCAGAAGCCCUGCGGCGCAGGCCGCGAAGCCAAUGUUCUCUUCCCGGGCCGGCAACCCGAACGCUCGUCUCUACGACGAGAGAGAAAACAGAACUAAAACCGCGGUAACCGCCAUGUAUAAGGGCACUCAGAAAGGCGGAGAGCCGGCUCUGCUGCGUUCCUAUGACUCGAGGCGAGAACCAGCACCCGAGUUUGAGUGUAGAAUUUGGGAAGCUGGUCGGGCAACUUGCGCCAUUGGUCUCGCCUUCAAGCCCAUUCAAAUCGGGCAGUCUGUCUUCCACGACGACGGGGCAGGGACCUUCAACCCAUCCAUCACCGUCCUGGACGAAGCUGUCGUCAAUGAAUGGCCAGGACGUGACGUUGGAGUGUUUAUCAGCAUUGGGACGGGAAAAAGACCAAAGGACAGCGAGCCGAAUUCUUCGCUGUGGUAUGAAGGCUUCCUGGGUGAUUUCGCCGAGGCUAGGAGGAAGUUGAUCGCGAAAAUCGAGGGCUGCGAGACAAUCCACGAAUACAUGAAGAAGGAGCAUUUGGCGAAGCGCGGCGUCAAUAUCGAUAGCUACUACCGUCUGAAUGUCGAGGUGGGGGUGGGCGAGUUUGGCAUGAAUGAGUGGCACCGGCUGGCCGACAUCAGCACCAACACCAGGCGGUACCUAGCGAGACACGCGGAACAAGGAAUGGUCCAGAGCGCUUCCACGAAGCUGGCCAAGAUCCACUUCGCCAAGCUGAGGUGGCAGCCAGACAUGAGCAAGGCGGCGCCCGACAUAGCACUGCCCCUGGCGGUUGAGCUGCCAGGCGACAUACCCUCCUUUCCCCCACAGAACAAUACGCCACCAAGUCGACAAUCGUAUGAGUCUGGAUACGACACGUUGCCAGUGCCUGGCAUUGACACACCCUCGCCGAGGAGCUCGGGUGAGCGCCUCCGCCCAUCUCAAAGGAGCAGUAACCAACCGUCCCCGCACCGUGGUGGUAUUGCUGCGCCUACGGGGACGCCUCCACAACCUCCGCCGGGCCGUGGUGCCAAGCCUUUGGCUGGGAUGGCGAGCGCCCGGACUGAAAUGGAACAGCCUGACGAUGCGGACCGUCUUGUAGUGAAUGCGCCAACGCCAGCACAGUAUCGUGCAUCGGGGGCAGAGAAUACUACAAGCCCAGUAACGAGCCCAGACAGCUAUCCCAGGCGAUUUCCAGACCUGUCGGCAAACUGGCAGAACCAGGGAUCAUACCCACCACGUGUCGGACCUCCGCCGCUGCCACCCAAAACCCCUCUCUCGUCCGAUAACCAGUCGGGUGCGGGCCGGGGCUCUGGGGCUCCUCUGCCCUAUCCCCUCGACGAAGAUGCGCCUCCGGCUGUUAACCUGGCGAGAAAGCCGAACUACAGUGGCAGGUAGCUUUAAAACAAAGCGCAAGCACCCGGUUAGCUUGCAUGUACGCGGUGGCAGUGAGGUGAUGGGACGG